CCAUUUCCAUGUUCUGAGUGUGGAAAAUAUUUUGCAGAAAAAUCACAUCUUGUUAUACAUCACAGAAGUCACACAGGUGAGAAGCCAUUUUCUUGCUCUGAGUGUGGGAAAUGUUUUACAUGGAAAUCACAACUUGUUACACAUCAGAGAAGUCACACAGGUGAGAAGCCAUUUCCAUGUUCUGAGUGUGGGAAAUGUUUUACACAGAAAUCACAACUUGUUAUACAUCAGAGAAGUCACACAGGUGAGAAGGCAUUUCCAUGUUCUGAGUGUGGGAAAUGUUUUGCACACAAAUCAGUUCUUGGUAGACAUAAUAGAAGUCACACAGGUGAGAAGCCAUUUCCAUGUUCUGAGUGUGGAAAAUAUUUUGCACACAAAUCACAUCUUGUUAUACAUAACAGAAGUCACACAGGUGAGAAGCCAUUUUCUUGCUCUGAGUGCGGGAAAUGUUUUGCACUGAAAUCAGAUCUUGUUAGACAUCACAGAAGUCACACAGGUGAGAAGCCAUUUCCAUGUUCUGAGUGCGGGAAAUGUUUUACACAGAAAUCACAACUUGUUACACAUCAGAGAAGUCACACAGGUGAGAAGGAAUUUCCAUGUUCUGAGUGUGGGAAAUGUUUUGCACACAAAUCAGAUCUUGUUAUACAUCAGAGAAGUCAAACAGGUGAGAAGCUAUUUUCUUGCUCUGAGUGUGGGAAAUGUUGUGUAAGUAAAUCACAUCUUGUUAUACAUCAUAGAAGUCACACAGGUGAGAAGCCAUUUUCUUGCUCUGUGUGCGGGAAAUGUUUUACACAAAAAUCACAUCUUGUUAGACAUCAGCGAACUCACACAGGUGAGAGGCCAUUUCUAUACUCUGAGAAAUAAAUCAGCUCUUGUUACACACAAUAGACAUCACUCA